CUGCUGCUGCUGCUGCUGUUGCUGCUGCUGCUGCUGCUGCCUCUCCUCAGUCAGUGCUCAGCGUCCUCCCGCGCAGGGUGGUGGAAGUGCCUCUCAACACGCCCCUCGUUGCGUUAUUAAUUCGGCACCAGCUUAGCGAAACGGAAACACGAAAGAGUCAGAGAUAGAAGAAUAACGAGAGAGAGAGAGAGAUAGAGAGGAUAAAAUUCUGUAACCUCCAGCUUUGCGAAAGACAGAAACGAGAAAGAGAGCAAGCAAGACAGCGAAAAGAGAGAGAGAAAGAGGGAGAGAGAGAGAGAGAAAAAAAAAGACAAGAGAUUAUGUGACUGCCUCAACCUAAAGAAAGUGAUACCACUGCUAGUGAAGCGGGCGUGGGCGUGGGCGUGGAGGGGCGGGAGUGACCAGGGAGAGGAUGACCCGAAGACCUGCAGCUGCUGACGAAGAAGAGGCGCUACUGCAGAAGGUGUGACGUGACCUCCCGCCCAGCUGCUCUUUGUUGUUGUUUGUUAUUGUGUUUGUUUGGUGGUAGUGGUGGUGGUGGUGGUGGUGGUGGUAGUACUGCUGCUGCUGCUGCUGUUGUUGUUGUUGUUGUCAUCAUCUUCGUGGUCGCCUUCUUCGCCAACAGUCGCCUCAAAUAUCAAGCCUAUGACAUCAGCCAUGAACUUCCUGCCGGAUAUAAAGAAGCGUGUGAAGAAAGGCGGGGGGAGUCGCACCCUGCCGUCAGCCGGGGGUACACCAACACGGGGGGUGGACAGCCCAGGGGGUGUGCGUGGCAACACCCCCAUCGACCCCUCGGAGGCCAUCGGCUGGGCAGUGGUCAAGUAUAACUACCAGGCACAGCAGAUGGACGAACUGUCACUGGUGAAAGGCACAAGGGUCCUCAUCCUGGAGAAGAGCAACGAUGGGUGGUGGCGAGGUCACUACAACAACUUGGUGGGGUGGUUCCCUUCCAACUACACCACAGAGGAGCCGGCGGAGGAUGACCACACCUACACCAUGGCAGAGAACGUCCUGGAUGUGGUGGUGGCGCUGUACUCCUUCACGGCCCAGAAUGAACAUGAGCUCUCAUUCACCAAGGGGGAGAGGAUGGAGGUGUUGGACCGGCCUCCCUCGGACCCGGAGUGGUACAGGGCCAGGAAUACGCAGGGCCAGGUUGGCCUCAUCCCAAAGAAUUAUGUGCAGGAGCUUCAUGAGGUGGUGGACGCCCGAACACCGAGAUCCAGGGAGCCUUCACAGACCAGGCAGCUCCCUCCGCCUGGCCCCAGCAACAGCGCCCACCCUCCCCCAGCCACCAAUGGAGGUGCCCACAAUGCUGAGACUCACUUGGCACAGGGAAUGCAGGGGAUGAACAUCAAUGCGGCAGCCCCCACCCCGCCUGCCCCUGCCAUGUCCGUGGGGAGUGUGCCGCAGGACAAAAGCCACUUCACCACCCGGGAUUGGUAUUACGGCCCCAUUACGCGCGCCCAGUGUGACGACAUCCUCAACCAGCGGGGCCAUGACGGAGACUUCCUCAUCAGGGACUCGGAGACCAACGUUGGUGACUUCAGCGUGUCGUUGAAGGCUGCUGGCCGCAACAAGCACUUCAGGGUACACGUGGAGAACGGCCUGUACUGCAUCGGCCAGCGGAAAUUCCAAAACCUGGACCAGCUGGUGGACCACUACCAGCGGUCCCCCAUCUACACCAGCCAAAAGGGGGAGAAGCUCUACCUAAUCCGACCGUUGCCCAAGCCAUAAAUAAGCUUUUAGAGUCUUAACGCUGUAUAAGUAACAAUAAUGUUCCCUCACUCACCCCCCAACACUCCGACACUCUCCGCACAAAUAGUGACGGAAAGACCCCAGCCUCCGCCUCCACCACUCCCUCUCCUCCUCUCCUCUUCUCCCUCCUGCGGGUUGAGCCUCAGAACUUACUACUUUCCUCCGCCGCAAGAAGUUGACCUCCUGGCGUCCUCCUCCCAGCCAUUAGCUCUUCCUUCAUUGUACUAGAAGAAAAGAUAACAGAUGCCGUGAAUCUAUUUUAUCUUGUCGAGGCAUGAAGGUAUUGGAUAGAUUGUAAUUUUAUAUCAUUGAUCACAUGCAUUACUAGACUAACUUGAGCCCUUCACCCGCUCCCCCACGCCCUUUGCUAUUUAACCGGGAACCAAAGCAGCUAUUUUGUCGGCUGCUAUUGGCCAAGGGGUGACCGAGACAGAUGUCCUGCCGCGUCGCCCCUCGGCAGUUCACAGGACACUGAAGAAGAGAAAAAUGUAACUACAGGCAACUAUGGAGACACUUUCUUACUUAAUGCUCUGUGUGUAGCUUAGCAGUAAUAUGACAUAACAGUAACAAUCUGAAUUGUGCUGUCUUCUCCACGGAAACGACUGACUGCUGUCACGUCGCUGGCCUUCAGUGGAUGCUGUGUUUUUUCAGUGUGCUUGGAAUGUGCUGUCUGGUCCUGUACUAAGGCUCACCACUGGUUGGUUGGUUCCUGCUCAUAGUCCAGCGAUCCUCGGAGAUUCUUGCCCCUCACGGAGCUCAGAGAACUUGCCGCCCGACAAUCCACGUGAUUUAAAAAGGAUCUGAGGACUGGUGGCUUGUACAGAGUGUGAAGACCUGCAUGCGGUGACUCCUCGUGCUUAUGCAAUGAUGCAAGACAGGUUUUGGUCUGGCCAGGAGUUCACACACACCACACAACUCGUCGUCCUGCUGGUAGUGGUGGCGGAGAUUUCUAACAGGACUUGACCCUGUGUGGGUGGAGAAUAGGCUUACCUGAAAAGUACCCUUUGUGUGUUAACCUAUCAUGCGCACUGCAGAGGCCCACCAGAACCAAAACACCCCGAGAGAAAUACGCAGAAGUGCACAGAAACCACACGCGAACUCCUGCAAUCACCCUUCCACCAGCAAGCAUACAAGCAUAACAGGAACAAGAAACCCCAACUCUACCAUGCUGAGCAGAUGCCCGUUAAGCUCUCAGGGUGGAGCCGUUCCCAGCAGCACCAACAGUCUCCCAGAUACACGCCACCCCUCAACGCAGACUUCUCAACACAACAACAGGACCAGAUCCACACAACAGUAUUAACCUGCCAGCAACAAGACUGUGCUGCUGCAACUUCUCCGCCGUGGUGCUCCAGCCUGGGGGUCUCGGCUCCUGGGAGGGCAUAUGAUGAAGAAGCCUGUGUGUGUGUGUGUGUGUGUGUGUGUGUGUGUGUGUGUGUGUGUGUGUGUGUGUGUGUGUGUGUGUGUGUGAGAGUGAGAGAGUGUUUGUGUGUGUGUGUGUGUGUGUGUGUGUGUGUGUGUGUGUGUGUGUGUGUGUGUGUGUGUGUGUGUGUGUGAGAGAGAGAGAGAGAGAGAGAGAGAGCGUGAAAGACAGACCUUGUGUACAUAGCCAGCCCCAACAUCAGCCCUCAGCAAGUUUGGGGUUUUCUUUGUCCUUACGUUCACCUUUCUUUCUGAUCUUUAUUAUUUUUUAUACAUACACACAUCAUGGCUCUAUUUUCCCACUCCUCCCCAGUGUUUUUAUCAUGUUUGCAUGACAACAAGGAAAGACUAUGAUAUUGUACUUUUAAGAGUAUCAUGUGUGUUGAUGAGGCUUGGGUGGUUGUGUGUGUGUGUGUGUGUGUGUGUAUAUGUGUGUGUGUGUCUCUUGUAAGGUGUCUUAAGGAGUGAUUGAUGGUGUAUAUUUCCUUCAAGAUAAUUGGAGGAAAACUUUUGCCGGUAAAUGUCCGAGAAAAGAAACAUUUCUCAGUUUUUUGUACGUAUGUAAGUCUACUUUCAUGGCAGGUUUUCUAUGAAUUUAGCUUUUAGUCUAAUACUGCUUCUUAUUCCUACUAGUCAGUAUAGCUUGAGAGAUUUGUCCCUUUAAUAGCUAUCAUUGCAGCUUCUUAUUCUUCAGUUGAUGUCUAACAACAUAUAGAUACAUAUAUAUAUAUAAAUACUAUAUCCCUGGAAGUAAGUCUUUAGUCAUGUUUGAAAGUUGCAAGAGAGCUGGCAGCCUUAUGUUUUGUUUGGCAUCUUUGUAUUCUGUUUGUUUGAUUUUGUGCUUUAUUUUUGUUGCAUCAUGCAUGUCUUGAAUGUCUGAUGAUGACUUCUUUGUACCUUUAAGUUUGCAUUUUGUUAAAUUAUAUUAUAUAUGUGCACAGUAAUCAUGGUUACAUGUUGUCAUUAACACCCGUGAUUCAAGGAACGCUCCCACCCUCACCCCACUAGUGCCACUCUUCCGUUCUCGCCGUUGCUCCCGCGUUUUGUCUCUUUUGCCGAAGAAUCUCACGCUGGAUGUUUCCUUGAAGUGGUGUGGAAGCGUUGCCUGUGAGUGCUGUGUGCUUGGUAAGUGCUAGUCAUAAGUUCGACCACCACCAUAUGGAAUUCAGCCGUGCUAUGAAGCAUACCAGACAGAGUGUCAGUCAGGUUCCAGCCUUUCACACACUUUCAUUGUUAUUGCAACGAUAUUGUGUAGCCUGCCACUGUUAGUCCCUGCUUUCCCCAUAACCAAAGAUUGUCCCGUUCUGGAUUCCUCCUCAAAGGUGUGCUUGAAACCGUAGGUCGGCCGCCGCAGCCCGCCUGGCCUGGCGGCCAAGGUAAUGUUGCUGCCGUUAAUACUGGUCGAGAUUAAAGUAAAAACCUGUCCCUUCGCUCCGCUCCCUCUGGUUCCUUGGUUUGUACCAGAUGUCUGGCCAAAAAAAGUUUCUCAACAUUGGUGCUCCUCCUUCCCCAGAAAAUCUCGGCUAACCAAUUGGUCCGAGCGCAGAAGUCGGCUCAGCUCUUAACUUUAGUCAUGAACCAGAGGCAAGGUCUGGAUAGAUUUUGAGAUAAUACUCCUCUUUGUAUGAUAAACUGUUAAUAUACAGUAACUCUUUCCAGCCCCCUGACCCACCUGCCCCACUCCCCAUAACAGUACAUGUCUGUGCUUCAAGUAAGGACGCUGCCUCUGCCGCCUCCCCGAGACAUUUUUAUAGUGCCGGCUGGGCCGUGUUGACUGGGUGAAUGAGUGGGUGUUGUGGUGGCUGCGGCGACACACCAGGCCAGUGCACAAGGAGCGCGCCCGCCGGCUGGGGGACGGCAGGAGAGGGCGUUGUGCCCCAGUACAGAAUUAAGUCACAAAGUCAGAUUAAUUUGGCGGCUAGUUAAUAGUGGACUGAGUAGUUGGUGACGGACUGUCCAGGGAGAGACUUGGAGAUGCUCAGUGUUGCCACUCAUUUAUACUUUUAUGUUUGUACAAAAUGUAACUACCUUAAAAUUUUUACAAAA